AAACUAUGAAGUCUGUCUCUCUUGUCUCAAAUUGUAGUACGUGUCUGAAAUAAAUCGCCCAACUGUUAAGGAGAACAACGUAAACCAGUCCGACGCACAACACACACACACAAACAAGCCUUUGUUUCUCCGCCCGUUCUCUUUCUCUUAUAAAUUCGCACCCUUUCACUUUCUCUCUGCAUUGCAGCUUCUCUCUCUCUCUCUCUCUCUCUCUCUGUGUCGACGAUUUUUGAUCUUGUGGGGGGGAUCAAAUGGCCAACGUGCUUCAGGGAGUGGGAGCUGCCACGGCUCUAUCGGCCACCAAGUCCAUUGACUCCAGGAAAUUUCAUCUCCCAUCUCGCAGAUCCCUCUCAGAGAGGAAAGGAAGCUUUUUGGUUGUCAGAUCUGAUGGAAGAAGGAUCCAGGGUUCGAGAGCCCGCAGGGCUGAGCAGUUAAUUACUAGUGCAGUUGCAACGAAGGCCGAUAGUUCUGCAGCUUCAACAGCCUCGAAACCUGGGCAUGAACUUUUACUCUUUGAAGCCCUAAGAGAAGGCUUAGAAGAAGAAAUGGACAGGGAUCCCCAUGUGUGUGUAAUGGGUGAAGAUGUGGGUCAUUAUGGAGGCUCAUACAAGGUGACCAGAGGCCUGGCUGAUAAGUAUGGGGAUCUCAGGGUUCUUGACACUCCUAUUGCUGAGAACUCCUUUACAGGUAUGGGUAUUGGAGCUGCCAUGACUGGUCUGAGGCCAAUUGUUGAGGGUAUGAAUAUGGGAUUUCUCCUUCUAGCUUUUAACCAGAUUUCCAACAAUUGUGGCAUGCUCCACUACACAUCUGGUGGCCAGUUUAAAAUCCCAAUUGUUAUUCGUGGACCUGGAGGCGUUGGUCGGCAACUUGGGGCUGAACAUUCCCAACGUCUCGAGUCAUAUUUUCAAUCAAUUCCUGGAAUCCAAAUGGUGGCAUGCUCGACCCCAUAUAAUGCGAAGGGCUUAAUGAAAGCUGCAAUCCGAAGUGAGAACCCAGUGAUACUUUUUGAGCAUGUUUUGCUUUACAACCUCAAGGAGAGAAUUCCAGAUGAAGAAUAUAUAUGUUCUCUUGAAGAAGCUGAGAUGGUUAGGCCUGGGGAGCAUGUCACUAUUUUGACCUAUUCUCGGAUGAGGUAUCAUGUUAUGCAGGCAGCUAAAACUUUGGUGAAUAAGGGUUAUGAUCCUGAAGUAAUUGAUAUCAGGUCGCUGAAACCUUUUGAUCUUUACACCAUUGGGAAUUCUGUGAAAAAGACGCAUCGUGUGCUGAUCGUCGAGGAGUGCAUGCGGACGGGUGGAAUCGGCGCCAGCUUGACCGCCGCUAUCACUGAGAAUUUCCAUGAUUAUUUGGACGCCCCAGUUGUAUGUUUGUCUUCACAGGAUGUGCCAACCCCAUAUGCUGGGACAUUGGAGGAAUGGACGGUGGUUCAGCCUGCCCAGAUUGUAACAGCAGUUGAGAAGCUCUGCCAGUAAUUUCUCCAUUAGUUCUUGAGAACUUUCGCUUUCCAUCCUGAGCAAGCAAUCUUCUUUGCAGCUUUGUUUUAGAAAUCGUGAGCUAAUUUUAGAUUUUGUUGGCAUUUUUGGUUUUCUGAAACGUGCAAACUAUUCAUUGGGGUGUUUUCUUUGUUCUUGGUUUGUCAUGCUAGAUCUUCACCAUGAACUAGCACAGGUAGACUGGUGGAAUUAUCGUCUUCUAUCCUCAACUGCUAGUCAAAAGGGCCUUUAGAUCAAGAUACACUCAUGUUAUAAACGGUCUAAUUUAUUCCAUUGAAUGUGAAACGUCAAGAUAUUACUUGUUAUUUAUAAAUUAAGAAGGCAUUACUACA